AUGUCCGAUACCGAUACCGCCUCCGCAGCCCUCAGUCGCGCAAAAUCCUAUUUCCUCAUCUCCUCCAUGGUAGGAAAUAGUUUAACCUUUGCCCUCGGACCCAAACUUCUAGAUGACGAAGAAGCACCCGAUGAACUAGAUGAAGACUCAAAAGCAGACCAUACCCACAGCUCAAACGAACACAGCGAAAGCGAUGAAGAAUACGCCAAUCCUACCAACUCCAAUGGACGAACCGCAGCAGAAGAAGAAGAAUUCGAAAGCGAAACAUCAACUCUUCUCCCGCGGAGUAUCAUAAGAGGCAAAAAUACCGCCGCCAAAAAAUCAAAAAAAGAAUGGAGGAGAAUCCCUCUCAAAAUUCGAAAAACCAUAUCUACAAUCUAUAGUUUCAUCAAUGCUCCCCUCCUCGGUGCCUUGAUUGGGGCCAUCCUAGGCCUCACUCCCGCCCUACACACCGCAUUCUUCGCCUCACCCUCCUCAGGCGGAAUCUUCAAAGCCUGGCUCACCACCUCGGUCAAAAACAUCGGCGAGCUCUUCGCCGCCCUCCAACUCGUCGUCGUAGGCGCCAAACUCUCCUCCUCGCUCAUCCGAAUGAAAAACGGCCAACCCAGCGGCAAAGUCCCUUCACUCGUCGUACUCACCAUUUGCAUCAUCCGAUUUAUACUAUGGCCUCUAGUGAGCAUUGGGGUAAUCUACUUGAUUGCGAGGAAAACCCAAUGGUUGGAUGAAGAUCCCAUAUUAUGGUUUGUGUUGAUGUUGAUGCCGACGGGGCCGCCUGCGACGAAGUUGACGGCGUUGGCGGAUGUGAGUGGUGCGGAUGAGGAGGAGAAGAUGGCGAUUGCGAGGUUUAUUACUGUGGCUUAUGCGGUUAGUCCGUUGAUUUGUUUUGCCGUGGUGGGGAGUUUGAAGGCUUGUUUGGCGGCGAAGGGGUGA